UGUAGUCCGGGAACUCCUGGACACUUCCUAUUAUCUCGUCGAACUUGUUUCUCUUGAAGUUCUUGCGCGAUAGCGGCCGGUGAAUAGCAUAUAAAACUCACAGCGGCCAUGCCUACUAAAUCAGUAGCUACCAAAGAACACAGGCACCACGCCAAAGAAACACCGGAGAGUGGCGAAGACGUCCAGAACGAUCAAUAAUGAGGUACUUCGCCACUGCUCUCGUCACUACCCUCGUGGUCUCCGCUGUCUUGGCUGAAGAGGCAGCGAAAAACAAGGAUAUCAAGGAAGACGAGAAGGAUGUGGAGGCCCGUGGAGGCAUCCUGGGUGUUGGAUUCGUACUCAGAGGUGUGGGCGCUGGUGACGGUGGUGUAGAGGGCCCCGGACUCAUCGGCCCCGAAAUUGCCGGAACCGGCCUUAUUGGCACCGGCCUCAAAGGACCUGGACUUGGAGGAGUCCAGGUCCUGGUCCCCGGUGCAGGUCAUGACGUCGUUGGCAACGACAACGGAGGUGCUGGAUUUGGCGGAACUGGUCUCGCGGGAGAAGUUCCUGGCAUUCUCAGCAGUGGUCUUGGAGGAGCUGGUCUCGACGAAGUAGGAGUGAGUGGUGCCAAUUACGGGGAAACUGGUCUCACAGGGGUGGCUCCGGGCGCUGUCGGCAGCGAUCUCGGAGAAGUUGGACUGGGUGAAGGUGGACUGACGGGAGCCAGUUAUGGUGCAGCUGGUCUCACCGGAGCUAGUCUUGGCGUUGCUGAUCUUGGUGGUGCUGGUCUUGGUGAUGGUAGUAUUGCCGAUCUUGUAAGUGCUGGGCUUGCUGGUCCGGCGCUCACUGCGCCUGGAGCCGCGGGAACGGGUACUCUGGGAACCGGAUUGGUGGACAACCCAGGCAUCGUUGGAACUGGCAUCGGGCGCAGCAACCGAGGCGGUUUCCAGUCAAGCUACGGUUCUUCAGCUGGCGAACACCAGGCCGGAUACCAGGGGGCCGUCUCCGGUCAUAACCAGGGAUCUGGAAGUUUCGCCCGCGGUGAUUCUCAAAGCAGGGUGAACUCUUACAGCAACAAGCAGGGCUACAGCCACAGCUCUGGAUUCUCGGCCAGCGAGAUCAAUGCAUUCGCAUCUGGCAACAAGCAAGGCUCUUCAGGACUCAACAGCGAAGCAUCCGUUCACCAGGCAGGCUUCGGACAGACUUCCUAUGGAAGCGCCGUUGGGGUUCGCGACGUCGCUCAGCAUGGCUGAAAGGAAGUAGUGGUCUUUUUUAUGCCUAUAUAUAUAUACUGUAGCUUGCUCUAUCUGGUAUGUUUGGAGCAAUAUUACGAUGAUGGCACUUAGUAAGGAGAAUACUUUAAAUGCGUGCACAAUAUUUCCAUUAUUUAGCCUCAUACUCGCAUCAGCGUUAAGCUGACAUAUAUUGGAAAGAAAAUUAUAAGUACGAUAAUUGAGUCCGUCUACAAACGGCAUAAGGUGCUUUUAAAUCAUAUUCAGAAUGAAAGACGCACAGAGGAAAUACGAUCCGGAACGCAUCCAUUAACUGAACUGUUCCAACCAUUGUGAGUAGAUAGCAACUUGCCCUCGUUCCCUUCAGAAGGUGCAAGUCUAGGUUACAUGCCUCCGAGGUACUGCGCGAUCAAUAUAUGCGCAUAGCAAUUAAAGCAAACACAUGUAACACUUCGUGUGUCUACUUUAUUUGUGUAUGUUUUCUGCCUUGCUGUAACAAACGUUUCAUAUUUGUAUUCGCGUCUAUUAAAGUAAAGCUUACUUCAGGCGAAGAUGCUGCGUUUUCUUGAAACGAGGUUUUAUUGAGAUGCAUUUUAUGAGCUACCAGAGCAAAUAAAAAAGGCUUUGGCACUGGGCUAGUUGCUUUUGCAUCUUAUAGCGGAAAACAGCGCAAGCAAAAAGGACUGAAACACGAGAUAAGCGCUGCGUUCGGUGUGUCUCAGUCCUUGUUUCUCGCGCUGCUUUCUCCUGCAGUGGAAUUUAUUCAGUGAUAAUAUAACAUUAUAAUGCUAGCAUCUGAUCUGACUGGGCA